CUUGAAACGGAUGUCGAAGCCCCCCGUUCAUGCGCAUUAUAUCAUGCCUAUCUUACCUUGUACACCCUCUCGUUGCACAUCCUAUUCCUCGGGCCUUUUACCGACUCCACCAUAUCGCACGACUAAUCAUCUAGAUCUUGGAAUUUCUGCCUGUCUGUCCGCCAGUCUAGAUCGGCGUGUCGUUUGCCUCGGUCCAUUUUUUGUUUCUGGCAUUUACCCCCGCGCGCCGGCCCCGAUCGCAGUCAUUGUCAAUUUUCCUGGCCCCCAUCGACCGAAAUGUGAUAUAUAUUCGCUCCUUGCCGCCUUCCUAUCUGAACCUUUCCCCCGCCAACUCGCUGCUACUCCCCCCUCCGCUUGUAAUAUCCUCCUCGGUGGUUGACUGUCCACCGAUCGCCCAUCAUGUCGACCGUCCUUGUGAUGGCGGUUGUCGCCAUCACCCUUUAUGUUCUCUGGACGCUCUUGCUUCGCUGGCAGCAUGCGCAGAACGCUCGUCGCUGGAACUGUGGUUCGAUCCCAAGCUACCCUGGGAAUUGGCUCGGAACCAAUACCCUUAAAGAGGCCCUUCGCUAUGACAAGGACCGCUGCUUGCCCCUUUUGUCGCGUCAUCGGAUCGAGAAAGUAUCCGCCAGCCAGGGCCGCUACACGACCACUUUCCAACUCCGCCAACUGGGUCAGGAUAUCAUCUUGACAUGUGACCCCAAGAACGUCCAGGCCAUCCUCGCUCACCAGUUCAAGGAUUUCGAGCUCGGCGACCCCCGGCGCAAUGCUCUCCACUCGCUUUUGGGCAAUGGAAUCUUCACUGCCGAUGGUGAAUACUGGACCCGCUCCCGUGGCCUUCUCCGGCCCCAGUUUACCCGCGAUCAAAUCAGCGAUCUUGAGUUGGAGGAGCGACACGUACAGCAGGCUAUGCGCGCCAUGCCUGUAGAUGCCACUGGCUGGACCAAGCCCACCGACAUCCAGACAAUUUUCUUCCGUUUGACUAUCGACUCAGCUACAGAGUUCCUCUUCGGAGAAAGCGUUGAGAGCCAGGCUGCUGCACUCCGCAGUGGCAGCAACACCCAGGAUGACUUUGCUGCUCAAUUUGACCGCGGUCAAUGGUAUGCGGCUCAGCGCGCCCGCUUCGAAAAGAUCUACUGGAUUGUCAACAACAAAGAAAGCCGCCAAAUCGAUCGCAAUGUGCACGCCUACGUCGACCGCUUCGUUGAUCUUGCUCUCAACAUGGAUGCUGAAAAGAAACCCUCCCAUUAUGUCUUCCUGCAUGCUCUCACCGAGGUGACUCGGGAUCCUGUCGAAUUGCGUUCCCAGCUGCUCAACAUUCUCCUGGCCGGUCGUGAUACUACUGCUUCGCUGCUGAGUUGGUGUGUUCUUCUUCUUGCCCGCCACCCUGAAUACUAUACCCAACUCCGCGCCGCCAUCCUCGAAGAAUUCGGCUCCUAUGCCUCUCCCAAGGAUAUUACCUUUGCCGGUCUCAAGUCCUGCAAGCCCCUCCAAAACUUCCUCAACGAAACCCUCCGCCUCUACUCUAUCGUCCCCGGUAACCGCCGUAUCGCCGUCAAGAACACCACCAUUCCCACUGGCGGUGGUCCCACCGGCACGGAGCCUGUCUACGUCAAGAAGGGCCAGGCCGUGUUCUACAGCACCUUUGUGAUGCACCGCCGGAAAGACCUCUGGGGCGAAGAUGCGGACGAGUUCCGUCCCGAACGCUGGGAAUCCCGCAAGCCAGGCUGGGAGUAUCUUCCCUUCAACGGUGGCCCUCGCAUUUGCAUUGGCCAGCAGUUCGCUUUGACGGAAGCCGGCUACGUGCUGGUGCGCUUGUUGCAGCGGUUCGAUCAGAUCGAGGGUGUCGGCAAGACUGCCGAGGGUGAGAUCACUAUGGCUGUAAACCUGACCAACGCUCCCGGUGACAAUGUGACUGUCAGGUUGCACGAGGGCAACUAAGCCAUUUCAUGUAUCAUGUCGGGUUUAUUUUUGUUAUUUAGCGAUUUCCUUGGUCUUCGAAUUCAUUCAAAAUAUAGACUUUUUUUUUUUUUU